AUGUCGACAGCCGAGCGGGAGAAUGUGGCGCGGUUCUCGGAGCGCUUGCUGGCACUCGAGGCGGCGUUUGGCGGGGAGGGGUCGGUCGACGUGGCGUGGAUGGUGGUCCGCGAGCCGCGGAUAUCGCAAGUCGAGCCCAGCUCGGUCAUGCAGCGGCUGUACGAAAUGAAGAUGGCGCAAGGAGGUUCCAUCACCGACAUUCUCGCCGCGGUGGAGUCGCAGCCGGGGCUGCUGCUCGAGGGCGCGUCCCCGGACGCGAGCGAGGCCGCCGAGGGCCAGGUCGCGGCGUGGCGCGAGGGGCAGGCGACGGACAACGACACCGAGUGGGGCCGCAGGUACGCUCAGCUCCUCGACUACGGGCGGGAGCACGGCGACGUGCAUGUGGGGUUCCGGGACGACGACGACGAGGGUCUCGCGCGGUGGGCCGCGACGCAGCGGCGCGCGCUGUCCCGCGGCGCCCUGGAUGCAGCGCGCCGCCAGCAGCUGGAGGACGCUGGCUUCGAAUUCAGCGAGGAGGCUGCGGAGUGGAUGCGGUGGUACAGCUACGUGCGCGAGGCCUCGCUGGAGUCCCCCGAGGACACGGGGCUGUCGAGCAUGCUGUCAGACGUGGGGAAGUCGGAGAACUACUAUGCGCAGAAUUGGCAGGCAGUGCAGCGCGUGGCGCGCAGGAACGGGCGGCUGAGUCAGGAGAGGAUCGAGCUGCUGGACGAGAUACGGUUCGACUGGACGGGCGCCGACCCGCUGUCGUGA